UCUAGUCUAGCCAGGCAAUACAUAGUUUCAGAUAUGUGCUUCUGCGGCCAGUUUGAUAAUCUUGCUGCAAUGACUAUACCAUGUCUACUGCUCAUGAGCCCGACGGGCACCAUCUUGCUCCCAUGGCAUCUGGGAGCGUGGUCUGGGGGUUUAUUGAGCCGCGGCCUACCUUGCGCCCCUGCUGCUCCUGGUGCUGGGCCUUCACAUUCGGUACAUUUUCCCAUAAAACUUUGCUCGACACGAGUCUGCUAACAGUGCAAAGUGAUAUUCUGAUGUACAUGGAGGAGUUCCUGUCCCCAAAGGAAGGACUCAGUCUGAGGUUAUCAUGCAAGGGAAUGCUGGCUAGUCUCCCUUGGGUCUUGGAUUGCUCCCUAACACCUCUCCUGCUGCUCAUUUUACCUUCAGCUACGCCAUGUUUGGGACUGUAUAGUCCAUUAGCAGGCGAGAUAUUUGCUCUUGAGAGCACCACAGGGCGUGGUUACAAGCAAAUAACACUGUUCUCAAGUCAUCAAGAGUGGGUCUUAUUGAAGAUUGAUGAUCAACUGUGCCUGGUCAAUUUGCUCAAUAAUGUCAAGAAGGUGAUCCCUCCACCUUCUAGAGCAAGACAUUAUACUCUGAUGGAUUUACUGGUAAAUGAACAGGGAGUCCACAUAUUUGGGAUUAGCACCCCAGGUCGUCGAAAUGCAAUUAUUGGUGAGUAUACUGUUGGCGGUUGGGCUGAGCAAAGCUAUGCCAGCAAUGCCUCAUUCCUACUCUCAGAUCAUUCUAAACCAGUAAAGAUCCGUGCAAGCUGUUACUGCUUAGCCAAUGAUGGAAGUAUUGGUGUAUACACAAGAGGAUCUUGGGAUAUAGUGAAGAUGCCCGACAAGAGGGUCUUCCUUCACUCGUCUGGAUACUUGGUUCCGUGGGGCAAAAACUGUGUGUUACUUUGGUUUCCCACCAAGGAAAGGCCCUCAUCGUUGGGUUUGAUCCCAUGCGGCGGAGAUGGAUUGAUGUCCCCCAUCUUCAGGGGCGCAGUAUAUUCACUGGGACUAAACAGACAAUGCUUAUCCAAAGAACAGUUGAUGGUUUCAAGGACAAAGUUAUUGUGCCGAUGUUUCAGAAGGCCCCUAGCCAGCAGAAAGGCUGCCUUGUGAAGAGAUCUAACCGAUGGUUUCUCCUGGGAACAGAGUCUCGAGGGUGCAUUGAUAGCAAGGUACACCAGCAAACAAUCUACCAGGCUUACUAUCAAGCGCAAAACAGUCUCUCCGGACACGCCUUUCAGGUUUAGGGAACACCUCUGGGUUGAUUUUGUCAUGGACGACAAAUCAGCCGCUCAGUGAUGUUCAUAUAGUUGACAGUUGUGUUGAGAAAACUUAGUUGAUGCAGUAACAAUAUAUUGAGUAACACUGCCAGAGCACUUUGAAUAAGCUUGUAUACCAUUGGAUUCUUUUCCGAUGUUCGAUCUGUGUAUGAUUUCUUUUCAGUUUAUCUUCUAGUUCGCAUUGAAAUGUUGUAUCACAUGGCCCCUCCAGUUUCUAUUUGAAUAAUCUGUUGGUAAGAC